UUGGAUGCGGGUGUAGGUGCUGCCCAGUGUGGGGGAACCGACCCCUUAGUGUUCCAGAAACCUGACCCUGAGGCUGGGUCAGGUUUUGGUGUCAAUUGGCCUCCUGCCCCACUGACCUAGGAUUGCCAGGGAGCAUCCCUCCCCCGCAGAGAGAGCCUCUGUAGCGCUAGCUGGAGUCAUUCCUCCAGGUCUUUAACCUCUAGGGUAGCCACCUCUUUCAAAAGAUUGAAACCCUGGGCCUUAGACAGCUGGCCCAUUUCACUGCUCUUAACAGUGUGCUCUCUGCCCUCUAUCCCCUGCUGACAGGAAUCUGGGGACGGGAUGCUUCUGUGUCGUUUCUGCCUUUGGUGUCCUAGUUUGCUGUAGAUUGCUGUGAUAGAACCAACUUGAGGGAGGAAAAGGUUUAUUUCAUUUUACAGCAUACACUCUAUCACCAAAGUAAGCCAAGGCAGGGACUGAAGCAGAGAUCUGCCGGCAAGGCUGCUUGGUGGCUUGCUUCCUCCCUCAGGUACCUUUCUGACACAGAUCAAGCCCACCUGCCUAGAAAUGGCACUUACAUACAUGCCCACCUCCCUGUCUCAUGGAGGCCAUUCCUAAAUUGAGGUUUCCUCCUUCCAGGUGACUCGAGCUUGUGUCAAGUUCAGAAAAACAAACCAGCACAUGGGGUGAGAAAGAAAAAUACCCGCAUCAGAGGCAGUAGUAGACUGGGGAAGACAAGAUGGCUUCCAAGCACCUAGUGGGGCCAGGGCUCCAGUGGGGCUAGCUGAGAGAAGCUGUGGUGAGGAAGGAAGGAUCCUGGGUAAGGCCACAGUUUGUCCCAGUAGGAGUUUUUUCUAUGGAGGCUUUCAACUCUGAGCCACACUGGGACAAAGGGACUGACCCAAGAGAAGUAUGCCAUUUUUGACCCUAUGGGCUUAGCUAGUGAGAAUCUGCUUUGUCCUACUUACCUUUACUUUGAUCUUGCAUAGGGAGACCGAUUCACACUCAUCACUCUUGGUUGCUGGAUCCACCUUCAGUCCUCAGGGAAGGGGAGACACAAGUGCCACCAAUCCAACUGGCUCCCAGUGCCAAAAUCCUCUGUAUCUACCUGCUUCCCCCUGAUAGGAUUGCAGCUUUAAACUACCAAGAGGAUGUCAAAUUUGAAACCUGGUUGGAGAGCUGGCACAGCACUUACUGGCUGGAUGGCUGUAGACCUGCACUACCUUUUUGGGCUGUUCCUGUGGGUAGCUCAGCAGGCAAGUGCAGAGGGGAGACUCUGGUCUCAGCAACAGCAGCUCCUACCACCCUCUGAGCCAAACAGAUGCUUUUUAUUAAGGCACAAAGGCAGUUUUACUUUGUGGUAAUAAGGAUGUGACAACAGAGAUAUCAACAACAACAUCUCCCAAAUGACAACAAGGAGAGGCCAGUCUAUAAGCACAAGCGGAGCUUAGGAGUUUUCUCUAGGGAAAGCAGAAAUGAUGUCAGCUUUGUGGUCUUGAACUUUGUAGUAACAGCCCCUACAUUGCCUCUACUGAUUCCAUUUUGUUUUCCUUGAGUCCAAAACGGAUAGGAGAGAUAUUUUUUUUCCUCCACAAGGCUCUUUAAAUACCUCAGACUUCCAGGUGUCCUGACCUGAGGAAGGCUGUCCUUGGUGAAGGAGAUGCAGCCAAUGUGGAGGUGAGGGGUGGGAGCGGAGGUCCCAGAAGCAUCCAAAUGUUCCAUAUGUCUGUUUGACAUUGGUUCAAAAGCAUGGAAUUAGUAGACAAAGCUACUUCUUCCCUACCCCCUCUUAUCUUCAGGGGAGGGAUCAGUUCUCAGCUGGCCAGGCCAGUGUCACUGAUACAGCUGGUGUCAUCGUAACCUUCCACUAACAGAUCACUCGACACCUACAGACCCAGGCAGGGUUGGGUCUGAAUAGAGGAUUGGACCCUUAUUGUCCCAGAGCUCCAGGUGAAGCCAUGAUGCAAGGCACUGCAGAAUGCAAUGAUCAUUGAGCAACCCAGGGCUAUAUUGCUUCCUGCCUCUGAUUCCUCUCACAGCUCCUUGGUUAUUGGUGCCAGAUAGGAGUUCAUUGCUGGCUGGGAGCUGAGACAGAACCAAGAUGCUAUACAAGGAAAGGACACCUGGAGUGGCCCCAAAGUGAGGACCCAGGCCAGAAGAUUGGUUCCAGGCAUUGGUCUGGGCUGGAGAUCUGCCCGGCCUUGCACUCUGGUGUGUGCCCCCUACAGCAUCAUGCUUCAGCAGAUCCUGCAUGACAUGUACAUCGACCCUGAGCUUCUGGCUGAGCUCAGUGAUGUGCAAAAGCACAUCCUCUUCUACAAGAUGAGAGAGGAGCAGCUUCGGCGUUGGAGGGAGCGGGAGGCAUGGGACACCCUGGCCCAGGCAGAAGGCCUCAGGCCUGCGAAAGUCAAGCGAGCAAGCAACAAGCAUAUCCAGUGGCUGCUGGGAGCAGACGGCGAGGUCUGGGUGUGGGUCAUGGGUGAAGGCCCUGGUGACAAGCCCUAUGAAGAGAUCUCUGAAGAGCUGAUUGCAGAGAGAGCACGGCUGCAAGCACAGAGAGAGGCUGAGGAACUCUGGAGACAGAAGGAAGCAGAGAUCACCAAGAAGUUCCGGGAUGCCUUGGCCAAUGAGAAAGCCCGGAUUCUGGCAGAGAGGUGGAAAGUGGAGAUGGAGGACCGAAAGGCUGCCAAAAUCCUGGAGGAACGUAUACAUGAGGAAUUCAAGAGGAAAGAGGAAGAAGAGAGGAGGCGAGGAGAAGAACAGAUUCGCCUCCAGGAAGAGCAGAGAGCCAAGGAACUCUAUUGGACCCUGAAGCAGGCCCAGCUGCACUGCCAAGCCAGCGAGAAAGAGGAACGCGAGUGGGAAGAACAGUUGCGCAGAUCCAAGGCGGCUGAUGAAGAGAGGAGUCGUCGUGCCCAGCGAGCCCGGGAUGAGUACAGGCGCCACUCACUCCGAGCUAUCCAGAAGGGCACAGUUGCUGGCCUGAGUACCAUGUUCCAAGAACUUGGCCAGAAUCAUGAGCAGGAGGCAAAACUCUAUCAUCAACUUCCGCGCACGAGUCCACCAUCUCCCCUUACAGAACCUGACAGGACCUGGGAGCGUCCCCUGCGUCCACUCUCCAGAGAAGUCAUCGUGCGAUGGUUCAAGGAGGAACAGCUGCCUCGCCGAGCUGGCUUUGAGAGGAACACCAAGUCCAUUGCUCCCUGGUUUCAUGGAAUUAUUAGCAGAGAGAAUGCAGAAGACCUUUUGGAGAAUAUGACUGAGGGAGCAUUUCUGGUCCGGGUCAGUGAGAAGAUCUGGGGUUAUACCCUGUCCUACCGCCUGCAGAGAGGCUUCAAGCACUUCCUUGUGGAUGCCUCUGGGGACUUCUACAGUUUUCUGGGAGUGGACCCCAAUCGCCAUGCCACCCUCACAGAUCUCAUUGAUUUCCACAAGGAGGAAAUAAUCACUGUUUCAGGGGGAGAGUUGCUGCAGGAACCUUGUGGACAGAGGGGUAGCCCACCAGACUAUCAUUUGUUGUUUGAAUGAUGUUUUUCCUCCUCUAUGGACUGCUUUGAAUAUCCCAAUUUUGAAUUGAGCUUAAGACUAUUCCAACUCAAAGCCUCAUGGCCUUCCAGAAGAUCCACCAUCCAUCAGAUGAACAAUGGUACCAGUGUGUUUCCAGAAUGUGACCUGCAAAAAUCUGACUGCAUUUGUGAGACUGGUCCCAGCCCAAAGCUCAAGACAGAAACCCUAAAUAACUAAUGCUCCUGGAGGCUUGAUUGUCAUGGCUGUGAUAAGCUGAACUCUUUAGAGUGAAUGGAUCAUUUUAGUAACCCAAAGCAAUUCCAGUGCCGAACCAUAGGGUCAACACCCAAUAAGUGUUCAUUGAGUGAAUGCCUUUCUGAAAAACCU